UGUUGUCUUGCGAUCAGCUGAUAAAGGGUGCAUCCCAAGUCUCUUAGUUGGCUCCCUGUUUCCCUCACUUGCGUCUUAGUCCCGCCCACCAAGGAUGCAAGGAGGGACGCAAGGAAACCACGCGAGGAGAGAGGAAACGAGGAAAUAAGAGAAAUGAGACGCGUCACGUGAAGCGACGUCGGUUUCUGGAUCAACAGCUGGAAUGUGUCUGAACAUAUGAUCAGUGCAACGGGAUUGUUUUUAGUGAACAUUAUAUACAAAUAUUGAUACAAAUGAUCGUAUAAUGUGUUCAGGUGGAUAGGCGGAGUGACAUGGAGAGGAGAAACGACACAGAGAGAAAAGCUAAAUAAUGAAUUCAAUAAAUGUUUCGAGGGGAAGAGCGAGCUCCGGCUCAUGCUCCGGCCCAGUAGGCGGCGGUAAUGCGCCUUUAACCAGCGGUGCCACUGUUAUGUACAGUCUAUGAAAUAAACAAAGAAGAAGAGCAGAAGGAAACGAAAGAAGAAGAAGAAGAAAGACGCCCCCCCCCUCCCUCCCCAUCCGUUUGAUGUGCAACGGACACAAGUUGUGCCCACAGGUGCAGCGCGAUGCUGGCGGCUCGUGGUGUGACGUUACCGUCCCGCUGUGUGCGGCUCGUGUUGCCUCGACGUGCCGUGGCCCGGUCAUCUUCACCUGGCGCCGGGUGUGGAGGGGUACACUCACCUGCCGGGAGCCCCAGACUCACCCAGAGCCGAGCUCGCUGCAGCCCGCCGCACGUGCCUCCAGGCAAGCUGGUGCGUAACGGGGUGGAUAAGAAAGCAGUGAUCUGCAUUGAGGGGAACAUUGCCUGUGGGAAGACGACGUGUCUGAAGUAUUUUAAAGAAACUAGCAAUAUAGAGGUCCUGACGGAGCCAAUCUCUAAAUGGAGGAAUGUCCGUGGACACAACCUUCUGGCUCUGAUGUACCAGGAUCCUGAGCGCUGGGGCCUCACACUGCAGACGUACGUUCAACUCACCAUGCUGGAUCUGCACACGUCAGCCAUGACGGCCCCUGUCCGGAUGAUUGAGAGGUCCAUCUUCAGUGCCAAGUACAUCUUUGUGGAGAAUCUCUUCAGAAGUGGGAAAAUGCCAGAGGUGGACUUUGCUGUUCUCAGCGAGUGGUUUGAUUGGAUCACAACAAACGUUUCCAUUCCUGUCGAUCUGAUUGUCUACCUGCAGACGUCUCCUCACACCUGCCAUGAGAGGUUAAAGCAGAGAGGCAGAGAGGAGGAGAAGGUCAUUCCAUUGGAGUAUCUUGAGUCCAUCCACCAGCUGUAUGAGGACUGGCUCAUCAAGUCCAUCUCCGUGCCCCUUCCUGCUCCGGUGCUGGUAAUUCCUGCUGACCAUGACCUCCAGAAGAUGCUGCACCAGUUCGAGGAAAACCGUGAUAAGAUCUUAGCUGGAAGCUAUCUCUGAUACCCAAACAUACAGUACCACUCACACACACACACACAGGAUUCUAAGAUUUGGUUUCUAAUUUGUAUUUACAUUUUAGCGAAGACGUGUUCAUAAGGUCAUAAGGGCUAAUGCUUUAAAUAAGUAGGUUUUACUGGCCAAAACCUCUUGUUUAAAAUAUUCAACUGGCCCCCAGCGUUCCAUUGUUUCUUAAGGAAUCUGAAAAACUCACUCUCCCUUCAAACAGUGAGUUUUAACUGAUUCAUUCUACAUUGUGUGCCGUUUACUUCUGAUAUCGUUGUAUAUUUAUUCUCUUUUUAUUUCACUUUGUAAUGUAUUGCACUCGGAAGAUUGUCCUCCAGACUUUGGGUCCUAAACCUCAAUGAGUCGGAUCACAGGACGUGUUCGACACACCAGCAUUCCACCUGCUGUAAAUAAAUAUAAAUAAUAUGUUGCAUUACAUUUAGCUGACGCUUUUAUCCAAAGCGACUUACAAUCAUGUUACAUUCACACACUGUAGAAGACACAGACUCAGGGUUAAGUGUCUUGCUCAAGGACACAUCGACUAGGGCGGGGAUUGAACCGCCUGAUUGAAAUGUAUGUAAAUAUAUUUUUUUUCAUGAUAAAGACCAUUGAAGCGUUGUUGCUGGUCACAGAUUUAAUACCAAGAUGUUUAACGGUUAUAACUAAACUGAACCUCGACGAAGAAGACGACCGGGUUCUGGAGUCUUCAGAGAUGGAGGUGCGACUCAACCAAUCGUCCAACCAGAUGCAGCUCCGCCUCCCACCUGCAGCUCUGCCUCCCACCUGCAGCUCCGCCUCCCACAUGCUCCGCCUCCCACAUGCUCCGCCUCCCACCUGCAGCUCCAGAGCCGCCAGGGAGUGGAAACGAGGUUGAGGCCAAAAUCGAUUUUUUAAGUCGCAUAAUAAAAUGUUUCUUAGUGAGAAAUAUCUUCAGCCCGAAGAUCUAAAUGACAUUUUAAUUAAAACGAAUGUAAAAGUGCUUCACAAUCUUCUCAAACUCUCAGCUGCUGAACGGUGCAUCAAUCAUUUGAACUAAAUUCAAUGUAACAUUUUAAUGAAUCAGUCACUGACGGGAGUCACGGAUUCGACCUGGUCACACGAUCAUUUGUUGUGUGCAUAUUAGAUAAUCGGUCCCUGUACAACUUGAGAAGAACUCCAUAGCAACCCUGAGAUUAAGAUGUAAUUGGUUAAUAUCAAAUAUUUCCUUCUUUUUACAAAAUUGGGUGGGAAAUUUAAUUUUCUCCUAGUUAAACCACCGGUUGGCUCAUGAUGUAGGCUGAGUGACAUCAUUACUUUAUACUACUGUAUAGUUUUAUAGGUCAUAAUUGAAGUAGUUGUAAUCGUUACAUAUCUUUAUUCAUUAUUUAUUAAAUCUGCUACCAGCAACAACACUACACCAUGUAGGGUUGAAAUGUUUCUCUCUAAUUCAUUUUAAUGAAGGUAACGUUCUUUGUGUACAUUUGAUUGUAUGCAUAUUCUGCGCUUGUGUUUUUUAAAUAUGUUGAAGGAGUUGGAAAUAAAUCUAUCAGAUGUUUAGAUAUCAAGGGCUAAUGUGGCACUUGAUUACUGAUCAAAGAUGCAGCCUGACAAAUACUCGUACAACUACAUUUACAGGGCAACAUUGUUCAAGAUGCACUAUGGCUUUCAACCACUUUCAGGGUUCAAUUCAGUUUAUUUUGUGUCGCUCCCAAAAUCACAAAUUUCAAAUUUGCCUGCGAGGGCUUUACAAUCUGUACACAUACGACAUCCCUGACCUUUGACCUCGCAUCAGGAAAAAGGGAAGAAACUUCAGGGAGAGCAACCGAGGAGGAUCAAGUACAGGAAGAACAACAUAACAGAGUUAUUCAAUGCAUAUGAAAGAAAUUAUUCACAUGAGAGGACUAGGCUUGAUGAAAAGGUUCCCACUACCUCAAAUAACAGCAACAGUGGAUAUAGUAGAAUAACAAUAAGAAAAACAGUAAUGGUAUUGGCAAUAAUAAUUUGACCUGCAACUCAUAAUAAUGAUAAUAGCAGUAAUGGCUUUGGUAGUAAUAGCAAUGCAACUAAUAAUGAUAAUAGCAGUAGGUGUCAGACAGGACCUGUGAGGGGAGAAAACACAAAGACUCUGGGGAAGGAGUAGAGUUAUUAAUGUGCAUUGAAGGGAUUCAUACAGAAGGAGAGAGGAGCUCAGUGUAUCCUACAACGUCCCCCAGCAGCCUAUAAGCAGCAUAUCUCAGGGCUGGACCAGGCAAACCUGAUUCAGCCCGGACUAAAAGCACUAUUAAAGAGGAAAUGAAAAAAAUGUUACUAGAUUUUGUGAUUCUUGCAAGUUUGUCAUAUAUUUAAAAAAUGAGAUCUGACUAACACAGUUUGGGUGUUGAAUUACUCGAGUGAAAUGUUUACCUGUUCCUGUCAGAUGUAUAAUAAAAUCACCAA